AUGUAAAAUUAAUAUCAAAAAAAGUCGGCAAUAUUUCAUUAUAUAAAUAACAAUAAAAAACAAUUAGUUGAAAAUUAAUCUUCUGAAUAGACUAAUUAUGAUGAAAUUGAAUUUGAAUUUCAUUAAAAGUAAUAAUCUAUUCAAAAUUUGAAAAUUUAUUAGCCUGAUAUAUGCAAGUGCAACAUUUAAGAAAUCAGUGCUACUAAUUAAGAAUUUUAAAUUUAAUAAAAACAAUAGUAAGAUAAAGUUAUCGAAUGUGAAUAAGAAUAAAAAUGUGUUUAAUAAAAAGAUACUUCAACUUUAAAUUUGAAUGAUAUAGAGUUAUCUUUCGAAUUAUUAAAAGGAGAAAAUGCAAUUUCAGAUAUUCUCAAAAUUAAAAUUUCUUAAACGAAAUCUGAUGCAUCUUUACAUGAUAUACUUAAUAUCUUAUAAAAUAUUGAAAUUUAAAAUGUAAAUAGUAUAUCAGAUAAAAGCAAUUAAGAGUAAAUUGAAUGGAAAGUUAACUACAACAUAAUAGGAAACAUAGGACCAUUCUACAACCUUUAUGCAAGAAAAUCUCCAGAUUAAGCAUAUGAAUUUCAUUUUUACAUUUUCAAAAACGCGGAAAUAAUUAAAAGCAAAGACCUAAACAAAUAAUAAAUAUUUUAAAAUUCACUCUAUCAAAAACAUUUAUCUGUGUCUAAUUUAGAAUAUUUUCAUUUAAAUAACAUUGAUGAUCUCAAAAAUUAGAUCAAUAAAUAAAGCUCAAAUUGCUCUAUUGACAUCAAAACAAAUGAAGAAAGUAGCCAUCAAGGAAGAGAUCUUGUAAAAUUAGAAUUUUAAAAUAUCAAAUGCAACUCUUUUUUAGAAAAAGAUAGCUUUUCUCUUUAAUCAUCUGUAAACCAAUCUAUGAUUCCGUUUUAAAAAAGUACGUAUUCAAGUAUAGUAUCAUCAAAUAAUUACAAGUAUUAGUUUAAAACUAAAUUUAUAAAAUAAAAUAACAAAACUGAUGACCUCUACACCGAGAAAAAAUUCAUAGUAACAAAUUUAUGA